UAGCUGACAGCCAACUGUCAUAUAUACCAGGGAUGGGCUGUUGCGAGUGUUUGACGACCGACGAGAUGGACCUGGGCAACACGUCCAAACCACGUAAAUGUACCGACCUGCUCUGUCUGACCUUGUUCCUACUGUUUUGGGCGAUCCUGAUAUUCAUCGCGUCGUUCGCGUUCGUCAUCGGCAGUCCCGGCCGUCUGAUCCACGGCUCCGACAGCUUUGGCAACACUUGCGGCCACAUCUUACUGGACUACCUGCUUUACGUGUUUCAUUUGGACCAAAACAACCCGCAAUCGUCGCUCCGGCUAUGCGUGAAGAAGUGUCCGCCCCGUGAGCUGUCGAGUCUGGCCGACAUCUACUCGUUCUACACCCGCACCCAAUCCUCUCUGUGCCGAUACGACUACAACUUCACGUCCACCGCCGCCCAACCCCUGGAGCAACAGUUCCAGCGCAACGAUCACCAGAUGAACUCGUUGUCCAGCACCGGGCCCUGUCCUACGCUACCCGUCCACUCGACGAAAGCGAUUCUUUACCGCUGUAUACCGGAGUUGGCGAUACUUCAGGGCCAGGCCUUUGGCCACACCAUCUACGAGUUCAUCAGCUCAUACGUGCCGCUCAAGAAAGUGAUCAACGACUUGAUCAACGCCUACCGCGAGAUCUCCUACUCCGUCACCGUUGCCAUUGUCUUUGCGUUCGUCUCGGCGUUUGUCAUACACUUCGUGGCCGGAAUCGCUUCGUGGCUUAUACUCACUGUGGUGUCCAUCGCACUCAUCGGUCCCGACAAUAAAAAGUAA